AUGAAUCAGCAGCAACGCGUCGCCCAAUCGCUGUAUGAAGCAUGGAUGGAUGGACAGCAUGAAGAAGAAGACCUGAACGAGCGCGCCGAUUCCGGCUUCAAGCACGCCGAGCGGAGCCGGAAAAGCAAAUCUCGCCUACAGCAAUGCCUACCGGAAGAGCAUCUCGCAUUCACCGAGCAUCGCCAGCCCGAAGCCGCCUUCACGCUCUCAAAGUGUUUUGAGCGCCGCUCAGUCCGUUUCGUUGAAGCUGCCAGCCUCACGAGCAUC